GCAGACCUUCCUCCGCUGCACCUGGCUCCUCCCGGUGCACGUGGCCUGCUCCGCCGGCGAGGUGCAGUCUAUCGUCGCGACGCACGCCGGCACGCCCAUCCAUGGCGUGACCGUCGACGACGUUUACACGGACGCGAACUACCCAGGCCUGGCGGCCCUGAACGUCCAGGUCGUCAUGAGCGGGCUGGAGGUGCACUUCGAGGACGACGACCGCACCGGCAACGCGCUGGUUGUAGAGCUCCAGAACGGGUUCAAGCUGGAUUUGUUGCCCCUGGGCAAGGUGACUUCGGACACAGAGACAGAGGGGGGCCCGAAGCUGCUCCACGUGGAGGUGAAGGGCGCCAACGCGUGGUGCUCCACGUCCACCGAG